AUGCCAGUUUGGCAGAUAAACGGAGCGUUCCUGAAGGCAGCGCAGCAUCAACGUAAACUGUUGGAUAGAGUUAAGUUGGUUCCGGGAAUAAAUGCGACUUUUUUGGGUGAACUCGGACGAGUUUAGUCUGACGGGUGGUUAAAGUUUAGAUAGUUAAGCUUGUUUAGCCUCACAGACGGUUUAAACUUCAGACUACCUGCCACUUACGGCUAAAGUUGCGGAGCAGCGCUGCUAGCUUAGCGGCUAACGGAGCGACGCCACUCUGAACUUCACCGGACGCUCGGUUCAUCUUUUACCGGUUAAAUUCUCCCGAAACGUCCGUUAAAGUAACUUCCUUUUCGGUCUUAAUGGCCUCUUCCUCUCCCACUGUUACCGGACAGUAGCUCCCCGGCGACUCUGACCGACCCCCCGGGCUGCAGCCUCCAUGGGGACGCGGUUCUCCCGCAGCGGCAGCAGGGCGUCGCUCCUCCCGGACAGGCAGCGCUCCGGCCGGCGAGCGGAGGAGUGGGACUCCGACAACGAGUCGCUGGACGGGCUUGACCGGCGGGAGGACAUUGCCCAGUUCCCGUACGUGGAGUUUACCGGGAGGGACAGCAUAACUUGCCCGACGUGUCAGGGCACCGGACGGAUCCCUUCAGGUCAGGUGAAUGAACUGGUGGCAUUGAUUCCAUACAGCGACCAGCGGCUUCGACCCCAAAGGACGAAGCAGUAUGUGGUUCUGUCGGUGGUCCUCUGCCUGCUGGCGUCCUCACUGGUCGCCUUCUUCUUGUUUCCUCGCUCGGUGGUGGUGGUGGACGGCGGGAUUCGAUCGGUGACGGUGCGCUUCGAUCACUCCAAGAUGAAGGUCCUCAUGAACAUGACGAGCACGCUGAACUUCACCAACCCAAACUUCUUCUCGGUGCUGGUCCAGAGCGUCAGCUGUCAGGUUCUCUACAUGAGGACGGUGAUUGGGACCCAGCAGAUGGACAACGCCACCACCAUCCAGCCGCUCAGUUCGCUCCAGGUGAACUACACGGUCAGCGUGGAGAUCGGCAGCAGCGCUCCGUACGUCUAUGCCUUCUGCACCAUGCCCAGCAUCAAGGUCCACAACAUCGUCGUAUUUAUGCAAACCUCGGUCAAAACCUCCUACAUGGUCCGGACGUCCCAGAACAGCCUGGAGGCGUACCGCUACAUCGACUGCGGCUCCAACACCACCCGGCUCCAGACGGGACGUUCCUCCACCAAUCCUCACGGUUCCCUCCACUCGCCUCUCCUCUGAGUCCUGCCCGUUGGACUAGGUGGGACUUUAACUCCCAGACAGAUUUAGCUCUUUGUCACGGCGCUUUUACAAGAGGGAACACCGCUUCAUUAACUUACCGAGAGCUUUUCUGCUGCUUUUCGAAGAGUUUUGGCGAGUCAGCACCAUCAUGAUCCGAUGAGUCACUGCCAGCGAGUGACGAGUCGCUGACAGUGACUCAUCGGAUCAUGAUGGCGCUGAAAGAUGUUUUUCUUUAAGGGAAAAUGGCUCCGACUGCUGGUGGAACACAUUCAGAGGAUCCCUUGGCUUUAAAAAGUGGCCGAACUGUUAGAUUUUGCACUUUUUUGCCAUGUUAAUUGAAUUUUUAAAAUGAAUUUGCGAACUUAUUUCUCGGUACCUCUAAUCAGCAAAGUCGAAGCGCACUGAUGUUUUUUCUUUACAUUCAGGAGGAAAAUAAUGUUCUCAGACGAGGUUUUCUAUCAAUGAAAUGUUUGUUUUGUUACAAUUUAUCAUUUCCACUCCCAUUUCAGCAAAAAAAAGGAACAAAUGAAGGGCUUUAAUUCUGUUAUUCCACCGUUUUACCUCAAAAUAUGAGCUGCUGAGCAUCUGGAUUCAGUGUUUUCAGCAGCAGGAUGGUUUAUUCUGCUCAUAUCUGUGUUUCACUCACUAAUCAAACAUCAGUUUAAAACCAGCAAAUACAUGAAACUCACAGAAACAACAAAGCAAUAAUAGACUUGUGUUUUAUUUAUUAAGGGAUUGUUGUUGAAAGAAUUUUUAGCAGGUUUUACAAAAUGCAACUUUUCAUGCUUUGGUUCUGAUAAAUAUUAAAGGGAAUUAAUAAAAUGACUAAUAAUGAA